CUGGUCCGUUCAAAUCAUGAAGGGAAGAUAAUCGAGCAGAGAUAACAUCAAACAACGUUGAGUCUGGGAUAAUCAACGCUGUCAAAAUGCCUUUCGGUCGGUUAUUGCUGCGAACGUGGACUAUCCAUAAGAUGGUUAGCAGAAAUGCCUUCACCGCCUCCAAACCUGAUUACUCCAGACCAAAUAUGCUGAGAGUAGGGCUGGCAUUCGGAAGCACAGCUGUCCUGUGGGCACUGCUCCUUAAACAACAUAGCACUGAUGUGCAGGAAUACAAAAAAAGGAAUGGGCUGGAGUGAUUCAUGCAGCCACUGAGUGCUGUUUUCUCUGGAUCGUUGGCUUUUCCCAUUUUUAUGUUCCUGCCAUGUAAAGAUGUAAAAAAAAUGCUUAAUAAAGAUGUGUAUGUAUAACUAA